AUGCUUUCCGCCAGAUGUACAUGCAGCAAUCUUCGAAACACACUGGAUUCGAGGAUUUCAAGUGCCAUUGGCAAAGGGUCUUUGAGCUUCAGCACUUCAGUUGACCUUGGCAAGUCAUAUGGCUCAGAAAUUUUUUGCAGGCGAGAACAAGAAGCGCGGACCCAUAAUCGGCUACGCAAACAUGGACUUGCUUGGCCAGUGCCAAUUACAUAUUGCCAAAUCCCGAUCCUUGACCCAGAUACAGAAGAGAUCUCGAUUGCCAGCUGGCCAUUCUUGCUACCGCAUGAUUUUGUGGCCACAUUGGUUUCUGAAGGCUAUCGGGAGGUGCUGGGUAAGCUGCCGGAGCACUACUGGGCAAAUAUGCGUAAGGAGAUUGCAAAAGACUCGUUUCCGAGCGGCGACAGACGCAUUCAAGCAGUUUUUGCGAGACAAUAA